AAAGUGAGUCAUCUUUCAGCCAAACUCAGGAAAUAAAAAAAUAAAAGAAAGAAAGAAAAAAUCCGCUCCAGAGCAGAAGGCAGUGUGUGAGUCAUUAUAGGGACGAAACAGGACUGAAGCGCGCCAGCACUGAGUUUCAUUCCAGAAAGACUACUGCAGCAGCAGCAGCGGCGCGUCCCCGAUCAGAGUGGACUCGUUCACGAGCGGAACAGGCGGCAGUCCGAUCUCAGCCUCCGGAUACCAGAAGUACAGAGUCGACAUGCCUGGUUCUAGCAGUGCCUUUAUUCCAACCAUUAAUGCCAUAACCACCAGCCAGGACUUGCAGUGGAUGGUCCAGCCCACAGUCAUCACUUCUAUGUCUAACCCAUAUUCCCGCUCUCACCCGUACGGCCUCUCUGUGCCCAGCGGUCCCAGCCUACUUGGGCACACGGCCCUUACGCGGCCUGGGGUCAUCCGCUCCAUCGGUGAUGCCAGAGGACGACGUAAAAGAGACGAACAGUUGACACCAGAGGAAGAGGAGAAAAGGAGAGUGAGGCGAGAAAGGAACAAGCUGGCUGCUGCGAAGUGCCGUAACCGUAGGCGAGAGCUGACCGAAAUGCUGCAAGGGGAAACCGAGAAGUUGGAGGAGGAAAAGGCCGACCUGCAGAAAGAGAUCGAGACGCUCCAGAAGGAGAAGGACAAGCUGGAGUUCAUGCUCGUGGCCCACAACCCUGUGUGCAAACUUCCUCCAGAGGAGCGUCACCAGAACUCCCUACCUGAGCAAUGCGCCCCUCUGCCACUAACCACCAUGCGUCCAAACCUAGUAUCCCGGUCCACGCUCAAUCUCCACAAUCCUGUCGUGGUGAAGCAGGAACCCAUUGAGGAUGAGGAGCGGGAGCAGGUCAAGAGCCAGCACUCGGUCAUCAAGCCCAUCUGCCUGGGUGGUGGGAUGUACUGCUCGGACGGAGACAGCCUCAACACUCCUGUGGUUGCUGCUUCCACUCCGGUGUCCACUCCCAGCAACCCUAGCCUCAUCUUCACUUACCCCAACAUGCUGGAGCCUGAAAGCCCUUCGCCCUCCUCCGAGUCAUGCUCCAAAGCCCAUCGGCGCAGCAGUAGCAGCGGAGAUCAAUCCUCAGACUCGCUCAACUCGCCCACCCUGCUGGCUCUCUGAGAAACACGGCUCAGCACUCUUUCUUUCGUUAGCCCUUUCAGCUCAGCACGCUUAACCAACGAGUCCCCUAUACGGGACGGACCCAGAACCUCCUCUCUACGGAGCCGAGAACUCUCAAGGGCUACCUUGCUUGUUUUAUUUAAGCAUCAUCUCAAAAGGGAAAUGUCUUGUUUUGUUUAAGUGUUUGUGACUUUUUGCCCACACGCCAUUUCAGCUACAAAGAACAACCUGGACUGAAAACAUGAGAAUCAAAUGGUGAGGACAAGAGUUGAGACAUCCAACCACACAAUUCAAAACCAUUCUGCAUCCGUCUGGGUGGGUGGGUGGGGGAGUAUUUUCUGUUUGUUCACGAACGUUCGGGUCGGGGCAGCGAAAAGGACUGAGGAGACGUGUGAAAAGUCACAUCCCUGUUCGGUACACAGUUUGGGAUCGGACACUACAGAAUCAAGCACAUGUCUUCAAAACCAGCGUGACGUUUAAAUGAUCGAGUCGCCUUUUGUAUUUAUGACCUGUGUUUAUAUCGUCCAGUUGUAUAUUGUGUCCUGCUGUUUUAAAACUGUCACAGGUUCACUGGAUGAGCCUGAAAUUCCUUCGUGUCUGAUAAAAGAAACAAACGUGUGUUAUUAAAGGCUGACCUCUUCAGCUGUUUUUCUCUGGCAUGUUGCAAACCUUUACAUUUAUUUUUUCUAUGUAUAUUAAAACACACACACACACACACACUUCGCUGAAGUUAAUGUCAGGGAUUUUUUUUGUCUGUGUGAGCGAGCGAGUCACACAAGCAUUAAUGAAAGCAAUCAAGUCAGAACACAGGAGUGUGUACCUGAGGACAAACUCUUAGCCAUAUUAGGUUCAGCCUCUAACCCUUUACACGGCAAUACUGCUUUUUAUUGGGGCAGACACUGUGGUAUUAAAACGGAAAUGAUGACUAUGUAUUACUUUUAUAGUGUUCUUUUACGGCUUGAUCGAUAAAUAAAUGUCUUUUUGUGCGGAGUUUCAGCUGAGACAUGACCAAGCCAAAUGGGCACUUGGCCCUCUAACACUGGUUGGGCCUCGGUUGCCAGACACAAGACCAGAUGCACUAUUGUUACUGCACUCUGAUUUAAAAAAUAAAAUAAAUAAAAAAAAUUCAGCAUUCCUCUUACAGUCAACGUUAAAAGGACAGUGACGGAUGCCUGUGUGGACUGGAACGACGAUAUACCCCCCCCCAAAAAAAAACCCACGUCUAAUUUCUGGUUGUGAAGAAAGAAUACCAACUGCAAUAUCUCGGAGUAAACUGUUUACUUUAAACAUUCCUUUGGAAAAGCAGAUGGGAUGCGGAGACACGGAGACCUCUGCUGAUUUAUCAUGAGACUGAAGAGAAGAGAACAAAAAAAAAAAAAAAACAGAAUAAUGCUGACUUGAAGAUUUGAAGGAUUAUUAUUUGUCACUUAUUUAUGUUGGAUUGGGGAUUUUCAAGUUGAUUAAGGAUCUGGGUCAAUUUUUUUUUCCUUUUUCCCAGAAUUAUAGUGUUUUGAAACAAGGAGGGAGUUUAACAGGAGGAAAUCAACACAAUACCAAAAAAGAAAGUGUCUCUAAAGACUGAGUUUUAUCCAGUCUGCUUGUGAGUCCUUGAACUAUCCAGAUCAAGCCAUCUUUAAGCCCUUUGUACAUGUCCUGCUUUCUGACCAACAGUUUCUCUUUUGUAAUUGCUUUAACUGUUCGUUUGAAAGACAGAAAAACAACAAAAACAGCAAUAUGUACGUCAGUGUUUGUUCCUUUGGUUAUUUAAAUGGAUUAUUAUUCUAAAUAAUAAUAAUAAUAAUUAAAAAAACAUGCAAAUGGUAUUCUCAAUAGUUGUACUUUUCUUGUCCAUAAACAUUUUUUGAUUAUGUUGGUGGGUAUCUCAUGCUUGUUGAAGUUCUUCUUCUUCUUCCUCCUCCUUUAAGUCGCUGUGUAUUUGGAUGAAUGCACCUCUCUCAUCCAUCACAUCCCAGUAGGCAAUAAAACGCCACCAUCUUUUAAUGCAGAGCCAUAUGCAAAUGUGCACUACUUAAUAUGACGAAGUAUUGCCAACACAUGAUGUGUCAAGGGGAAAUACAGUAUGAACAUGAAAAAAAAAAGAGUUUUAUUAUUUCAAAUGUUACGCAUCACUCUUCGAAUCAGAUUUGGUGAAAGGAUAUAAAUUGAUUGUAGGACUGUGACCCAUAUCCCUGGACAGGUCUGGUGGGCAAGGUGCAUUCAAUACCUGCUAUUAUAUCAUUUUUUUUUUUUUUUUGAAUAUGAGUGGAUGACUCAGUAUUUCACCUGAUGAAAUGAUGUAAUAAAUCCUGAUUCUUUACUUGGUUGACAUGGUGUCAGGAAAAAAAAAAACAUUCAAAGGCUUUUACAGUUGUGUGUGGAGCUGUACGUGUCUGUUGUGAAAAGGUCUUACUUUUAAAUAAAUAUUUAAAAAAUU